AUUAGGCACCGGCUGGGGGAUCCUGAUUCAGUUCGCAGCAGGGCAGGAAUUUUCUCUUCACUACAACAUCCAAACCCUCUGUGGGCCCUUUCUUCUUACACAGUGGGUACUGGUGGUAUUCAUUGUGAGGCAAAGCGGCCUUCUAGUGCCGAGGUUGAGAAUGCUUGGUGUUAUGCCUUCACUCUCAGUAUGUGUGUCUGGUGUGGCGCUCAGGAAUCAGGGACAAACUUUUUCAUCUGUUGUCACCAACCUUCAUAAAGUACAUUAUUUGUGGGAUUUGAGGUUAUCACGGCGGAUUGAAUAGACAUACUGCAGGAGAAAUAGUGGUCAUGAAAAUAAAUGAGAAGAAUCUUGCAGCCUUUGCUUCUUCAGCAACACCCGUGGAUCGAGAAGGUUGGCUCAUAAAGCGGGGCGAUGUUAACAAGGGUUAUCAGAAGAGAUGGUUUGUUUUGAAGGGCAAUCUUCUGUUCUACUUUGAGAAACGUGGAGAUAAGGAGCCUGUUGGUGUGAUAGUGUUGGAAGGCUGUACGAUUGAACUGGCUGAAGAUGAAGAACAAUUUGGGUUCAAAAUUGUAUUUCAUGGGACAGAUAACCGCAGUUAUGCACUUGGGGCAGAGUCCCAAGAAAGCAUGGAGCAAUGGAUGAAAGCUCUUGCAUGUGCAAGUUAUGAUUAUAUAAAACUCAUGGUAGCUGAGCUGCAGAGACAGCUUGAUGAAAUGGAAGAAUGUGAAGCAGUGACCAUGACACAGAAUCAGACUGCACAUUCGAGAUCCACUGCCUGGAUUCAGAACUCUCGGGAAGUGGAAAUGGGAUCUUGCAAUUCACCGAUGCCUCCGCCACGUCAGAGGCACAACCCUUUCAACAGGGUGCAACAGACGGUUAGUUUGGAUGGCCACGGACAUCAGUACCGUUCCCGCAGAUGCAGGCCAGAUGGGACCUCAAGGCCAAUGGAAAACAUUCCACGAACCAAAGUGACAUUUAGAGAAUUACACACUGCUUAUGGGAGACGUGUUCUUAGUGACUUUAAUGCUUGGAGACAUGCCAUGAGACAAGAGGAGGAGAAAAAGCAGGGAUCUGCUUGUGCUACACAGGAUUUGUUGAUAACUUUGUGAAAACAAGAGAGUGUGAUCAGGGUAGACAUGGAAAGUAAUGUUAGACUGAGUGAUGGAAAUUUCUGUAACUUUUACAAAACAUUGUGUAAGUUUUUCAUAGAAAGGUGAGGAGUAUCUUUUGGAAACAUCUAUAACAUUUCUGGAAUGUUUAUGAACUAAAAUUUAACAUGUAGAUUAUUUUUGCCCCAAACGGAGAUAAUUUGUUACCUAGAUGAAUGAACCCUGUAAGUAUGAAAAGAAUACAUUUAAUAUUUGUGGCUAUUACUUAUUCAUUAGGCAAUGUGCAUUCCUCUAAUGGUAAAUAACAGCAUUUUCUCACAAAAUACUCUUUAGAGUACUUAUCUGAUGAAGUUUCAGUUUGUGUAACUUAAGCUUUUGGGUGUGAGCUGCAUCAAAUGUUGAAUAUUAACCACCAUUUUGGCACACUUUGCAGUUGACAUCAUUAGAUUCAUAUUUUGAAAAAUAUUGUAAUAUUAUUAUGUGUUACCUUAAGACAUAAACACAUUGUAUAAAUGUUUCUUUUGUCUCUGACAGACUAGCUUUCUUUAUUUUCUUCAAUCAAACUGACACCUUCCAAGGGAUCUGAUGUUUAUUUAUUGAUGAUGAAUUUUGUUAUGUAAAUGAGAAAACUAAUGUAAAUACACGGUGAAAAUGUGACCUUAACAGUAUACUACACUAAUGAUAAAGGUAUGGAGAAAUGACCCACUAAAUCAGAAUAGGCCAGUAAAUGACAUGAACCCUUCUAGAAUUUGGUGCUUCAGCAAAACCCAAAAAUGUACAAGAAAAUUACUAACAAAAGUAUUUAAUUGCAUAGAAUCCCCUACAUUGUAAAAAUUGAUAUAAUAUUGUUACAAAUAAAUAAAAAAUUAUAUUGAAAUGUU